CACACACUUGACUAGGCCGUUGGGCCCUACCUUUCGAUUCAUCAUCACCUCCUGUCUUCUGUGUGUCUCAUUGCACUCCGUCUCACUCCACCGUCCAAUUCCGCCAUGGAUUCCAGCUCCACCGAAGUAGCCAACGCCUACCCCUCCAGGCUCAAACUCUACAAAGAUGGUCGCGUCCAGAGACUCGUCGGCAUCGACUUCGUUCCUCCAUCCCUUGACGACCCUAACACUGAAGUCCGGUCCCAUGAUGCUGUCAUCUCUCAAGAGGCCCCCAUUUCGGCCAGGCUUUUCGCUCCCAAAGUCAUCGACUACGAACAAAAGCUUCCUCUCCUCGUCUACUUUCACGGGGGAGGCUUUGUCACCGAAACCCCCUUCACCGCACGGUACCACAACUACGUUAACUCCGUCGUGUCCUCGGCCAACGUCGUCGCCGUCUCCGUUCAUUACAGAAGAGCCCCAGAACACCCUGUUCCUACUGCCUUCGAAGACUCAUGGACGUCGAUCCAAUGGGUUGCUUCUCAUUCAGGCGGCAACGGAACUGAGGAGUUACUGAACCAUCACGUCGAUUUCGAGAGAGUAUUCUUCGCCGGAGACAGCGCCGGAGCGAACAUCUCACACCACAUGGCGAUUCGGGUUGGCAGGGAAGGAUUACCGGGUGUGAAUCUGGAAGGGAUCGUUCUGAUUCAUCCAUACUUCUGGGGAGCGGAAUCACUCGAGUCAGAGAAGAUAGACGCGGGGUUGAGAUCCAAGGUGGAUAGUCGGUGGCGUUUUGUGUGCCCGACGACGGAAGGAUCGGACGACCCGUUAAUUAACCCGGCGAAGGAUCCGAAUUUGGGGUGCUUAGGUUGUCGGAAGAUACUGGUUUGUCUUGCAGAGAAGGAUAUGUUUAAGGAAAGAGGUCGGUACUACAAGGAAAUGGUGGAGAAAAGUGGGUGGAAGGGAAUGGUGGAAGUCAUGGAAGCAAUGGACCAGGAUCAUGCGUUUCACCUGUUCAAUCCGACCUGCGACAAUGCUCUGGUCAUGCUCAUGAACUCUAUUGUCUCCUUCAUCAAUCACAAUUAAUUGAGAAUAAUCAGGAUUAGCUUUCAUGGAAGAUCGACUGGGUUCAAUAUUGAGAAUAAGCUUAACACAUCUUGUUGGCUAAUGUUGAGUUAUAUCGCAUCUGUUUUUAUGUGAUCUUGUCAAUUAUCAGUUAAUAUAUUAUUCCAAUAUUGUUAAAUGCGGGAGAUAUAUAGUUUAAGUGGCUCUUAUGCUCGAGAUCGAAGAGUGUAAUAUUAUAUUAUCCCCCUCUUGUUAAAUGUGGGAGAUAGUGAUAUGGACUUUUGGAUGA